CCGACCAGAAAUGUAACCACAAAACUUCCUAUCACACAAAUAGACUCCCAAGAUCCCCACCAAACAUCGUAAUGCAACUCUUACGCGAACACAAUAUCCUGCCAGUGAUUAUUAAAGAUUUAACGAUGACCAGUUUUCUGAAAGAUGCAUCCUCGAAUAACAUCGAAGUUAAGGAGAAGAGAUCAUCCAAUGGGUCACUACGCUUGAUGAAUCCUGUAGCCAGCGGAGACAACGUGACAAAUUUAAAUUCCAUGCAUAAACUGAAGGAAGAGUCACCGUCGCUGAUACCAUGUUGUGAAGGAAGAGAAUUACAGAUCAACCAAGAGCUAGUCCGCAGCGGAUUGUCCGCCAUAUCGGUGAAGCACGACAGCGUAAUACACUGUGUAAGCAUGUCACACGCCUGCGAACUCAUGCAAGUAGCACCUGGUCUUGUCAAGCAUCGUAAUUCCUUCCGAAGCCUUCACCGGCCAGAUCUGAAGCGGGUUCCGUACCUCCGCCGCAUGAGCCCCGACGAACUGGAAACCCUAUUUCGUGGUUAUGCCGAAUUGCCACGUGCUAAAAAAGACAAAAAGGAAGAUAUAGAAAGAAUGACGCUACCACUUCCUCCAGACGAAAAUUGCAAAACUACGGAGAUUAAGCUAAUAACUGAUUUAGAUGACGGUAGUGGUGUAAACCCACUUCACCCGAUACCAGAGACGCGUUCCGGGGCAGAGGAUGUGCCGGCAGGGAUGCGGUUGCACGGAACUAGAGCGAAGCUGUACACUUCGGUGUUGGCGGGCGCCAAAGCCGGUGUUCAGUUAGAUAGGGUAUCCACAAACGAGGAAUACGACAAACACGUCCCAGAGGACACGGUGCCAGAAGACGAAGUCCAACUAACUGAAGAACUCCAGAUAAUACUACCGCCUCGAUGCGAUGUCACCGCCGAUUCAUCAAUCGCAACCUCUAAAGACAGCACCAGCUAACAAAAACUACACCUUAUCCAUCCAGCACUAAGAUACAAAUUCUUAGUUACGAUAUUAAAUGCAAUUCAAUUUUAAGUAUCAUAUACGUGUUGGUCUACAAGCGCGUUGAAAAAUGACAAGGUUGAUACGAAAGUCGAAGAAAAGAUUCGGUCAAUUACUCAUGUUCCUGGAUUGGAUAGUUAGUAACACCAUAAAAUAAUUUAAAGGUUAUAAUAUAUAGAUGAGUAAAUUACGAAAUUAAAGUAAACCAUUUUU